AUUAUAUUAUAUUUAUGUAGCCUAAUCAAAAUCAAUCUCCGAUUCCAGGAUCGGUUGAGAUCAUUAAAGGUAACAUCUCUUUUGUAUUGUGAGACAAACUCUAUUGGAUUUCUGAUCGCUAAGCUCCAAGAAACCAGCCAAAUGCAUUCUAUUUUUGCAUAGAUCAGGUAUUAGAUGGAGUCUAAUCUGUAUUAAGGAUCUUGUGUACGAGCCCUUUUUUGCAGAUUUCGGUCCAUUGAAUUUAGGUCACACUUACAGAUUCGUGACUGAAUUGGAGAAAUUGCUUAGUGAUAGGACAUAUCAACAAUAUGCCAUCUAUCACUAUACAAGUUUGGAUAGUGCUAAAAGAGCCAAUGCUGCCUAUUUGAUGGGUGCCUUUCAAGUGAUCAUCUUGAAAAUGAGUGCAGACGAUGCAUGGAAACCAUUCCAAUCCGUAAAGCCCGCUUUUCAAGAUUUCAGAGAUGCAAGUUACGGAUAAUGUACUUAUAAAUGCACGGUAUGUUAUUUUGUAUAUCCAUAUAGAUUUUACAUUGUCUGAGAGGCUUGGAAUAUGCAAUAAAGUUGAAAUGGUUCGAUGUUAGAAAAUUCAAUCUUAGAGAUUAUGAAUUUUAUGAAAGAGUCGAGAAUGGAGAUUUAAAUUGGAUUGUUCCCAACAAAUUCAUAGCCUUCUCAGGACCAUCUCCAAAUUAGAAAGAUGCUGAUGGAGUAAGUACCCUAUUUCUAAUUAGAAUCGUACAUUCACGCCUGAAGAGUAUGUCCCCAUCUUCAAGUAAUUUGGAGUGACUUGUGUUGUCAGAUUGAAUAAGAAGGCUUACGAGGAGUAAAGAUUCAUAAAAAAUGGCAUAAAACAUGAAGAAAUCUACUUUCUAGAUGGAUCAGUCCCAGGAGAUGAUAAGAUUUUGAGAUUCCUUGAGAUAGCUGAAAAAGAGAAUGUGGUGGCUGUACAUUGUAAAGCAGGAUUGGGUAGAACAGGAACCUUGAUUGCCGCAUAUGUGAUCAAGCAUUAUAGGUAAUGCCCUUCAUAAUUAUUGAAUAGAUUCCCUGCUCCAGAUUUUAUAGGUUGGAUCCGUAUUUGUAGACCAGGAAGUAUUUUGGGACCCUAACAAAUCUUCUUACUCGUAACUUAUUCGUAUUGAUUCCUAUAGCAAAAACAAAAUUGGUUAAUCAGUUUAGGAAAGGACUCUACAAUAUGGAAUCAAGUUAAGUAAAUUGCAGCCGAAGUCAACAUAGAAAAGAGAUUGAAGGAUCUGCAAUUAGGACCUAUGAGUGAGGGUAUAUACUUUAUUUUAUAAUUUAGCCGAUAAGAACAAGGCAGAAAAAGGUGAUUAAGAUUAGGCUUAAACAUUGAAUAAAGCAAAAAUAAUGAAGUAAAUAAUAUAUCGCUAAAUUCUCUAGUUAAACCUCAAAUUCACCUGGUUUGAAAAAAUGAAAGAAUAAUAAUAAUGUUAUUAAAUAAAUUUAGCCUAUCC